AUGGCAGAGUCACAGGAGAUGCAGCAAGAGAGAGAAAGAGAAGAGACGGCUCAAAUUGCAAAAGAUAUCCAUAGAUACACUAAUGGUGAGAUUAGAGUACUGACUGAAAUGAUCCGAGCUGAAGAAGAGCAGCACCGAUCACUUUUAAUCAACAUCAAGGAAAUAAACUCUGCUUCUAUUGAAAGAAUGAAUGAUGUUGAUGAGAAAAGAGACGAGCAAAAGAAAGACGUGAUUGAUGUGAGAGACGGAGACGAGAAAAACAAUGACGAGGAGAAUAAUGAUUUGAGAUUGACGAGGGAUCAAAAUGAUGAGGAGAAAAGUAAUAAAAAGCAAGAGAAAGUGAAAAGAAACGAGGUAAAAUUUGACGAGAAAACACUUGAUCAGUUGCCAAAAGUAUUGGCAAAUGAGAUUAAAAAAUUAUGUCAAAAUGUAAACUCAGGAUUAUACGCUCAUGACCUCAGACUCCUAGAAUUGAGACUUGACAUCAACAAAGUGGAAGAUGACAUGGAACGAAAGUACCGAGAAGCCAAUAAAAUGAACAACAAGAUUAACCAAAUAAGAGAUAGACUGGAAGAGUGUGAGAAGAAUGUGAGGAGAAUAAACCUAGAGGUAAACAAUUUUUCCAACGAUUAUGACGAGGCAAAUCUAAAUGAAAAAGAGACUAGUGGUGAAAAAGAACCAAAUUUUAGAAAUGUAGCAAGUAGUUCGAGACGUGACGGGGAUUUAUCAGAAGCUAUCAAAGACGAGUUGGAUUACUUCACAUCUGAAUUAAGAUCUAAAGAUCUAUUAUAUAUUAUUGACGAAAAGGUUGGAACCAAACAUAAUAAUGACGCGGAUACGAGAGAAAAAGAUGAGUUUAAAGUACGUGAUAUUCUGAUAAAUCAUUUAGAUCAAAGUUACCAUGAAAGGACAAUUGAUAUUAAAGACCCUGUAGAACUAUUGAAAAGAAUGGAAGAAAUUAAAAGAUGCGAAAAUAAUACAACAACAAUUUCUGUGAGAAAGAGAAUGUAUGCUAUUAGAUACGAUCCUAGCAAUAAUUCGGUUACAGACUUAUGGGAUAGAUUUGAGAAUCUAUUCAGAGAAUAUAAUAAUGUUCAGGGCGCUCAGCCAUUAAGCGAAGACGAGAAAAGAGACGCGUUUUAUACUGCAAUCGUGACGGGUUUACCAGAGAUUAGAACGGCUGAUUUCAUGAAUCAAAGAACGACGGGAAAGAAAAUGUCUUAUGAAGACUUGAAAUUGUAUCUCAUGCAGGCUGAAGCAGAGAGAGGAGGAGUGCCAACUAGAGGCGGCGGAGCAAUGUCAGCCUCUGUAAAAAAGGACUACUGCUACAGGUGCCACGACAGAGGGCAUAUGUGUGAAACUUGUCCCCAUAAAAACGACAGUAGGUUUGACGGUCCAGAUGGACUACGAAAAUGCUACUGCUGCAACAAAUUCGUGCACCACAAAUAUGAGACGUGCCCUCAAAAUCCACGCAAACAAAGACGUGAUACGAGACGCGACAACGAAGGAAAUGGAAAUUAUUCCAGGUACAGUAGCCAAAAUAAUUACAAUAAUAGAGGCAGAGGUCACAAUAAAUACAACGGUUUCAAACGUAAAUUUGAUGAUGACGAGAGUUAUGACGAGAACAAUAAGAAAAGAAAAUUUGACUCAUCAUCAAAUAGAGGUAGAGGUAACAACAAUUUUAGGGGACGAGGACGCAGUCGAGGCCGUGGAGGACGACGAAGAGAUGGAUCGCAAAACAAUUCAAACUCUCAAAAACAAAACGAAGCUCAAGAGGGAGUAGGUUUGAUUGAAACAAGUAAUGAAAGAGAUGAGAUUAUACAAAUAGAUAAUGUAAUAUAUGCAGAGUCAUUAUCAGAAAACCUACUUUCUCUUCGCAAGUUCACUGAUCAAGGACUUAGUGUUUAUUUAGACAAUAAGAUAAUUGAUAUAUAUGACCCUAUAUUAAAUAAAACAUUUAUCUCGGGAAUCUAUCAAAAACCAUAUUGGAUAAUAGAGUUUGAAAUUAACAAAAAUGACCUGGUAGAAAAUUGUGACGAGAAUAGAGAUAGGUACAAACAAAUUGUUGCAUUCUUGGCGACAGAUAGCAAUGGGGGACUCCUACAUAUGACUAGAAGCGUGACGAGAAACUUAAAACAAUUAAAAAGCAUAGAUUCUAAAGAUGAUGAAAAUAAUGAUAGUGAACUUAGAAAGGACAAGACUACACCCGAAAAUGAGAACGAAAGAGAACAAAUAAUAGAGAAUGUCCCAAGAUUUUCAACGACAAUUUGUGACAGGAAAAUAGAGGAGAUGGACGUUGAAAAUGAAGAUGAAAACGAGAUAAUAGAAAUAGAAAAGGAUCUCAAUCACAUAGAAAUGACUAAUUGCUAUAAAGAUAAAGCCAUGCUUUGGCAUGCGAGAUUAGGUCAUGCGUCUUUAAACUAUUUAAAGGCAAUACAAAAUCAAUUCCCAGAAGUAAAAGAAUUAAAAGACGUGAUAUUUGACGAGAAAAUAUUAGACUGCGAAAUUUGUAUGAUAGCAAAAAUGAAUAGAUUACCUUUUCAAAUGACGAGACAAAGAGCAACUCAACCACUAGAAAUCAUCCACGCAGACACUAUGGGCAUGAUAAGUCAUGCCUCUUAUCCAAAGGGAUACAAAUAUAUAUCUGUGUUUGUAGAUGACUAUUCGAGAUUAGCAUUGACUUUUCCAAUGAAAGCAAAAGAUGAGACAGGUACUUGUUUUGAAGAGUUUGUGAGAAGUGCAAGAAACUUGUUAGGAUACGAUGCUAAAGUAUGCUAUUUGAGAACUGAUCAGGGAACAGAAUUUGUAGGAGGUUACACCAAAGAGGUUAUGGACAAACUAGGAACAGAGUAUCAAUUAGCUUGUCCAGACACUCCACAACAUAAUGGAGUUUUAGAAAGAUUUAACCAAACAAUUCAAAAGAAAGUUAGAUCUUAUAUGUUUGACGCGAAGAUUCCGGAAAAUAUGUGGGAUUUGGCAUUGGGAGCCGCAACGUAUGCGUAUAAUAGGACACCACACAAGUCAAAUGAUAUGAAACCACCUUUGAAAACAUUUGCACCCAAAUACAAUAUUGAUUUUAGCCAAAUUAAACGAUUUGGAUGUCUGGCUUAUAGCAAAAAAGAAAUUGAAAAUGAGACGGGAAAGGCCUCAGAAACGGAGGGAGAACAGAAAAGAAAAAGGGAAAGACCAAGAAAAGAAAAAAUUAGCAAAGACGUGGCGAUAAAAGAAAUACCAAUAAAUGACGUGAGCUUUACCUAUUUCACAACAAUAGAGAAGACUGAUACAAUCGACUUGAAAAGCACUGAAAAGGAUAAGAACAAGACGAUGAAUAGCUGCACAAUGGACGAGGCAUUUCAUGCACUGUUAGCAAAGAUUAACAAAGAUCCAGCUACCUACAAAGACGCCAUGUCAACACCAGACAGAGACGAGUGGCAAAAGGCAAUUGAUGUAGAAUUAAAUGCAAUGAGGAAUAAGAAUGUCUGGAAAAUAGUUCCAAGACCAAUAAAAUCACAAGAAGGAGGAAAUCCGAAUAUUAUAGAUUCGAAAUGGGUCUUCAAAAUCAAAUCAAAUCCUGAUUUGAGUCCGUUGUUCAGAGCAAGAUUAGCGAUGAGAGGAUUCAAAGAUCACAACCAGUAUGAUCUCAGAGAGACUUACGCCCCAGUAUCAAAAUUAUCGUUAGUGAGAGGUGUGCUAACGAUAAUUAACAAACACAAUUUGAAUGCUAUACAAUUAGACGUGAAAACAGCAUUCCUGAAUGGAGAAAUUAAAGAAGAAAUAUAUAUGGAAAUACCAGAAGGUUUAAGAUAUGAUACAAGAAAGAAAUCAAAUUAUGUGUGCAAGUUGAUGAGAGCACUGUACGGCUUAAAGAUUAGUCCAAAGAGAUGGAAUAAAAAAUUGAGAGAAUCACUCGAAAGUAUAGGAUUAAAUGUCUAUGUCGAUGACAUUUUGGCUGCUAGCAACAAUAUUGAUAAACUGACGGAAGUAAAAGAGAAAAUGCUAAAAGAAUUUGAAAUGACAGAUCUAGGAGAACCCCAAAAGUUCUUGGGAAUAAGAAUUAGACGAGAUAAGGAAAGGAAAAUUAUGCAACUGGAUCAAACAGAAUAUAUAGACAAUAUGUUGAGAAAAUUUGGAUUUGAAAACAUGCAUCCAACAAGGACCCCAAUGGUCACCAACCAAGUAAAUAACUUGAAAAGAAAGCUGAGAGAAGAAGAAAUUGACGAAACAAUAUUAUUAAGCACAAAGAGUGCGGAAAAUGUACCAUAUAGAGAAAUGGUUGGAAAUCUCUUGUACUUAGCAAAUGCAAGCAGGCCAGAUAUAUCAUAUGCAGUUAAUGUUGCCAGUAGACAUCAAAUAAAUCCCACAGUUACUGAUUAUGAGAUGGUGAAAAGAAUUUUUAGAUAUUUAAAGGGGACGAGACACUAUAGCUUGACUUAUAGAGAAGAAAAUGACAUGCAAGCCUAUGCUGAUGCAAGCUAUGCCGACUGUAAAGGCUCUUUAACCACUUGUGGCUUCGUGAUUAAAUUAUAUGGUGAUCCUAUAAGUUGGAGAACACACAAACAACCUCACGUAACUCUGUCUACAUGUGAAGCAGAAUAUAUCACUAUGAGCGAUACGUGUCAAGAGUUGGUUGGUUUGGACAACUCUUUAAAGUUGAUUUUGAAUAAAUCACUUGCUCUCAUGACACUGUGGUGUGACAACAGAGCAGCAGGAAAGAAUACUGAGAUGGACGGGGGAAACAAAUUAAGACAUGUAUUUGAGAUUAAAGAACAUUAUGUUAAAGAAUGCGUUGAGAAAGAUUUAGUUAAAGUAAAAUGGGUCGAGAGCAAGAAGCAACUUGCUGAUAUAUUCACUAAGUCCUUACCCUUUCAGUCUCACAUUGAUUUAACGUAUAAAAUAAUGAAUCUGAAAGAAUGA